GGCUCGUAGCUCCCCCUCCCGCGUUUUUUACUCUGUUCAGCUACGCUGACUGCUACUGCUGCUCUCUGCUCCAACCUCCAGCCACCACCUAUAAAUAUGCGUCCUCAAAUCCGCCAUUGCCAUCCCAAAAAUCACUCGAACACAGCUCUAGCAGGACCGACCAAAGGCACCCGCACCAUCCGCGGCUCAAGCAAGCAGAGAAGUGAUCAGAAGAGAAGAUGUGCCCAAUCAAGAAGGAGAUGACCGGAGAGUCGAGCUCCCCCUGCAGCUCAGCCUCGACCUCUUCGGAGCACCACCAGACGGUGUGGACGUCGCGACCGAAGCGGCCCGCGGGGCGGACCAAGUUCCGGGAGACGAGGCACCCGGUGUUCCGCGGCGUCCGGAGGCGGGGCAACGCCGGGCGGUGGGUGUGCGAGGUGCGCGUGCCGGGGAGGCGCGGCUGCAGGCUCUGGCUCGGCACCUUCGACACCGCGGACGCCGCGGCCCGCGCGCACGACGCCGCCAUGCUCGCCAUCGCCGGCGCGGGCGCCUGCCUCAACUUCGCCGACUCGGCCUGGCUCCUCGCCGUGCCGGCCUCGUACGCCAGCCUCGCCGAGGUCCGCCACGCCGUCGCGGAGGCCGUGGAGGAGUUCCUGCUCCGUGAGGUGGUCCAAGAGGACGAUGCGCUUUCGGCCACGUCCUCGACGCCGCCGUCGUCCCCGUCCAGCAGCGACGACGGAAGCACCUCUGAUGGCGGGGAGUCCUCUGAAUCUGAUUCGUCUCCGGCCGCCACCGGGGCCUCGCCGUUCGAAUUGGACGUGUUCAAUGACAUGAGCUGGGACCUGUACUACGCGAGCUUGGCGCAGGGGAUGCUCGUGGAACCACCGUCCGCGGUCACCGCGUUCAUGGACGAAGGCUUCGCCGAUGUGCCACUAUGGAGCUACUAGAGACUCUGAGGCCGUUGUACUCUGAAAUUUUCGGUUUCUAAAGCUUGGCCUCUAAUGGCUAGUUUUGGCAGUGUAACGGUUACUUCAUUUGGUAAUGAUGAGACAGACCAAGUUUGGGAAACAUCGAAAUAGAGCAUGCCCAUUGAUAUUUUAUAA